AGGAAGUUUCCUUUACUGUGAAAUGGGGAGGACCAUGGUCCCUCCCGUGGAUACGCAAGUCGCCCUGGGGGCCCGUGAAGCCCCACACGGUGGGUUCCAUGCACGAUGGGUGCCUGGUGCAGUGCACAAGGUUUCAGAAGAGGAGGAGGAAGGUGCAAAGGCCACGUGACCGAGAGCCGGUGCCUCCCAUAAACAAGGCGCUACUGCAUGUGGUGAUCUCCGGUGUCCUUGUGACAGCCCAGAGGCACAGGCCUCUGCUUUUCCCAUUUAGGGAUGAGGGGGGCAGAUCAAGGAACUUGAUAAAGUGCGCUUGCUUCUCAUGGAUGUAGUCCUCAUGAAGCUCUGCAUUCAGAAAUUGGCUUCAGAGACAGAAAAGGAAGGUGAACUUGUUUGAACAAAAGGAGUUUCUCUUCCUUGCAGCCACGCCAGCCUAUAAGCCUUCAUAAAGCAGCGAAGGCGGUUCCUCUUCCCCUGGCAGAGACUGAUAGCCUCCGCACUCACCACAGUGGCUCCCGGUGAAGACAGGGUGCACACUCCCUGACCAGAGGCCUGGGCGGGGAGCCCGUCCCUGUUCACAUCCAGCCCCAGGAUAUGGAGAAAUCUCCUAUAGGGCCCCACUCACCAGCAUGAGGUCCUGCCCACGGAGACUCAGUCGCCUGGGCCAAGUGUGGCCCUUGCUUGUGGCCGCGCUGAUCUUCUUCCUCUUCACCCUGCCUUCCUUCAUUAAGGAGCCCAGCACGAAGCCUUCCAGGUAUCAGUAUAUACAGAGCACUGAACAAAGGUUUCGGGAUUUGAUACAAAAGACCAUCAUGGGAUGGAGGACGAGCACCCCUGCAAAGUCAGCGAAGGAGACCCGUGCCCCAGACACACACCCCUGGCCCAUACCCCACAGCGCCACAGAAAGCAGGAGGACAGAGGCCCACCAGGCACCUGGCACAGCCUCACCUACAAGCCAGGAAGAAGAGACAGCCAAGGUGGACACACUGCCACCAAGAGGUCAGGACAAGGACCGGGCCUCUACCAGGACAGAGGCACUAGCUCUGCAAAGUGAGGACAAGAAGACAGCUGGAGGAAGAGAGGCCCAGAAGGGGACGCUGACCUCAGCAAGGACAGUGAAGCCCCAGAGCAAAGUGGCAACUAGAGCCCAGAGGCUCAGUCCAGGAAUCAGGGAGGAAAAGUUGACCACCACAGGAGCAGCACCAACGAGGACGAGACCAAGAGCCACCACGAGACCGAGACCAAGGCCGACGAUGAGACUGAGAGCAACCACGAGACGGAGGGUGACGACGACACCGAGGGCGAUGAGGAGACCGAGCGUGACCACAGGAUCAAGGGCGAGGAUGACAGCAGCUGUCCAGGCCAAGAAGAAGCCCACCCUGGCUGCCCCGCCUGCCCCUUCCCCAAGCCCCACCAUGCCAAGAAGCCAGAGACUGAAGGCCGCCAACUUCAAGUCUGAGCCUCGGUGGGAUUUUGAGGAAAAAUACAGCCUGGACAGGGGGAGCCUGCAGACGACCUGCCCUGACUCUCUGAAGACCAGAGCCGCCAAUUCAUCGUGGCUCCAGAACCUCUUUCUGCCCAACCUCACUCUCUUCCUGGACUCCAGGCACUUCAACCAGAGCGAGUGGAACCGCCUGGAGCACUUUGCACCGCCCUUUGGCUUCAUGGAGCUCAACUACUCCUUGGUGCAGAAGGUGGUGUCAAGGUUCCCUCCGGUGCCCCAGCAGCAGCUGCUCCUGGCCGGCCUCCCCCCCGGGAGCACGCGGUGCGUCACUUGUGCCGUGGUGGGCAACGGGGGCAUCCUGAACAACUCCCACGUGGGCCAGGAGAUAGACAGCCAUGACUAUGUGUUCCGAUUGAGUGGAGCUGUCAUUAAAGGCUAUGAACAGGAUGUGGGGACCCGCACAUCCUUCUACGGCUUCACCGCCUUCUCCCUGACCCAGUCCCUUCUCAUACUGGGCAGUCGGGGUUUCCGGCAUGUGCCUGUAGGGGAGGACAUCCACUAUCUGCACUUCCUAGAGGGCACCCGGGACUACGAGUGGCUGGAAGCCCUGCUCCUGAACCAGACCCUGCAGAGAAAGAGCCUCUUCUGGUUCAGGCACAGGCCCCAGGAAGCUUUCCGGGAAGCCUUGCAAUUGGACAGAUACCUAUUGCUGCAUCCAGACUUUCUCCGGUACAUGAAGAACAGGUUUCUGAGGUCGAAGACCCUGGACGGUUCCCACUGGAGAAUAUACCGCCCCACCACCGGUGCCCUCCUGCUGCUCACUGCCCUGCACCUCUGUGACAAGGUGAGUGCCUAUGGCUUCAUCACCGAGGGCCACGAGCGUUUCUCUGAUCACUACUAUGACAAAUCAUGGAAACGAGUGGUCUUUUACAUAAACCAUGACUUCAAGUUAGAGAGAGCUGUCUGGAAGCGCCUACAUGACGAAGGUAUCAUCUGGCUGUACCAGCGUCCCCAAACAGCAAAGAACUGACCAGAGCCUGGGCCCCAGCAGUCUCUUCACCCACUCCAGAACCCAGGGGGGGCGGGGGUCUUGUGACUCUCCUGCCAUUUCCCCAGGGCUGGGACCAGGCUCUAAGCCCUUCAAGACUUCCAAGAACACCAGCACAGAGGAGAAAACUCCCUCAACACAACAAAUGAUGGGUGGAGGUUUUGGAAUCUUUCACAAGGUUGCUGCAGGGUCCAAAGGAAAUGCCUGAGGCCAAGGACUUUUUUAAUUAAAUGGAAGAGUAAGUGGUCAAUACCACCCAUUGCUGAAAAACACUAUUCACUGUCCAAGGACUGCUUGGCACAGACAAAGGAGCUGGAACUCACAGAGAUGCAUAGAUCUGGUGUGAAUUGCAGAUCUUCUACUUAGCAACUGUAAAAUGUUUGAUUUAACAAGAGGUUGUCUAGAGGCCCUUUCCAGGGGUUAUCUGAUUAUUGAAGGGUCUGUACUUUUCCUGUCUCUGAGCCACUUGACAACUCUGUGUUGUAGGAAACUGACAGUGACAUAAAUGAUUCAUCUCCAUGGAGAUGCAAGUAAAUUUUGCACAGUGAGGGUGCACUUGUUACCUCGUGGAUACUCACCAGAUUGGUACCUACUGACAACUUCGUUUUCACAUUUCUGAGUGCCCAAAUGUGUAUCUGAUCCUUGGAUUCACCUUUGAACCAGUUUUUACAUCUUACUGGCUCCUUCCUUAAUCAAUGAGUAAAUGAAAUCUUUGACAUGUUUAUUUUCCAUUUGUGUGAGAAUUAUGAUCUCAACCUUUAAAAAUUCACCCUUUAACAUUUCCAUCUAAAGUUCAUUAGAUUAAAACUUCAUUCUAAAGCA